AUGCCUAACUUCACCGAUGGUAAUGACGACAUUGAUGAUUUUUUACGUAGGUUUGAGAAAUUAGCAGGUUUGCAAGGAUGGGAUUCGAAUGACUACCAUGUUUAUCUCGGUUCACUCUUGGGAGGUAAGGCCUUGCAAAUUUACGUAAGUUUGCCAGACGAUGUCUUGAAAGAUUAUAGACAAUUAAAAGAUGCAUUGUUGAAGGCAUAUAACGUUGACGCAGACUCCUAUCGUAAAAAGUUCAAAGAAAGUAAAGCGGGUGAAGACGAAACUUACGUUCAGUUAAUUACGAGAAUGACCCAGUAUUUAGAUCACUGGUUAAUAAUGAGUGAUGUGGAGAGGGAGUAUAACUCGUUGUUCGACUUCUUGAUACGCGACCAGCUGUUGAGUAAUUGCCCUCUUGACCUUCGCAUCUUUCUCAAAGAACGAACGUUCGUUAGCACAGUGGAAAUGGCCCAAGCAGCGGAUAGGUUUCGUUGCGCCCAUAGAGCUGUCAGAAGUCGUAAAACGCCUGUUAAAGACGACACUGCUUUCAAGAAAGACCCGAAUGUUUCCCUUAAGGAUGUGAUUUGUCACCAUUGUUCUAAGGGGGGUCACAUACGUCCUUCUUGUCCCGAACUUAAAUUCUCGAAAUCUAAGACUUUUCAGACAGUAAAUGCUGCAUUUAAGGCUGACAUAAAUUACGAUCAGGGUAUUACGUGUGAAGGAUCGUUGUAUGGCAAGCCGGUAAAUGUACUUUUUGAUUCAGGUUGCUCGUCAAUUAUAGUGAAGGAAUCGCUCGUGCCCGCCUCCGUCAAGCGAGGAAAGGUAGUUACACUAUAUGACUACCUGGGGGAGCGGCGCGAAUUCCCCACCGCACGUUGUCUGAUUAAGAGUAAAUUCCUGAAUGGAUGGUUUAACGUCGUGGUCGCUCCGAUAAAAUUCACGGAUAUCCUCGUCGGUAUGGUGCCGGGUGUCAAGGUGUCGAGCGUGAACAUACCGGGUAUAAAAGUAACCGAAACUCCUCAGAGAAGCGAUGUUAAUGCUGUCGCGACGCGGGCCGCCAAAGCGAAGGAAAAUGUCGGUCCGGAUAAAUUAAUUGUUCCUAACUUCAAAUUUGAGAACGUAUCGAAACAAGAUUUCAUAGAUGCUCAGUCUUCCUGCCCUUCUCUAGAACACAUUCGUUCUAAAGAAUUAAGUAAAGCCAUUGUAACUGUAAAAAGUCGCUCGGUAAAGUUCGAACGCGUGAAUGGGUUGAUCUACCGAAUCUGCGUAAAGAGUAAACACGAACACGAAGUCGGAGCAGGCGCAGAGAUCAAACGUUACUGUCGCUCUUGUCAUGCUUGCCAGAAAACCGUUCCUAAGGGAAAGAUCAGAAAGGCGCCUAUGGUUCAGAUGCCAAUCAUUAGCGAACCGUUUUCCCGAGUGGCGAUUGAUAUCGUCGGGCCGAUCUCCCCGCCCUCUAGCCGAGGCCACAAGUACAUGCUGACCUUGAUUGACAUGGCCACCCGAUUUCCCGAGGCAGUUCCUCUGAGAAAUAUAAAUUCGCAUUAUACACUAGUCCGUAUCACGCUUGUUGUAAUGGCACCGUCGAACGGUUUCACGCAGUAUUAA